AAGACAUUGAGAAGCCUUGAAGUUGAGGCUGAGCCUCGAGGUGUCCGCCAUCGACUUCGUUCCUUGGUGGUGCAACAAACAAAAGGGUGCAGAAACUAGUAAUCGGUGAUGGCGGCAGCGACUGCGGUCCAAUUGUCAGGGGUCCUCCAGGAGCAACGAGCUAUUAUUGAGCGCAACGCUGAUAACCCAGCUGCCCUGACAGAGGCGUUCAUCGCAGUGGCAAAAUGCAUGGAAGACUACUUCUUCGUAAGCGACGGAGAAGUACAGUCACCAGAGAUCAACGAGUCUAUGGCGAAGUUCGGGUGGUCCUGGGUGGAGUUACCCCAAUUCCCGCUGCGCCAGCUGCUUCCGUUUGCAGCAAAGGCACUGCAGCGAUUCCCUGAAAACAAAGCACUUGUGAUCGUAAUUGCAGACUGGUGCAAUGAUGUGUGCAAGCAGAAUAUGCUGGCGAAGACGGAGGCAAUGCAGUGCGGGAUGCUCCAGGGCCUGUGCCUCGCAGCGGGGCACCUGUGGCAGAAUAUGACAUAUGAGGAAGAGGACUAUCUGCUGGCUGGGCGUAUUUUCCGUGCGCUCAGACUGGCUGCAGAACCGCCUGGGGUGAAGUUCUACUUGCAGCCGGAAGAAGUGAAAGAUGAGUUUUACUCGACAGCGCGGAAGGCAUGGCAGGACGUUCGGUUAGAAAGCGUGUGGGAGGCUUUGGAAGAGCGCGCGGAGGUGGAGCAAUUUGGGCCUGUCAACCCCGCGCUCUUGCUCACAGCAUACUAUUUGAAGUACUUUCCUGAUGCGGAUAACAUGGAGCAGUAUCUAGAAGUCCUGAAAAGCCUGGGGGAGGCUUUUGGCUUCACAUGGCCUGGGGUGGCAGCCAACACCACAUUUCAAAGGUUCCUCAAAGAUACGUUGUUGGAGGCCAAGCAAUUCGGAGCGUGCCCUGAAUUGUUUGAUGAGGUCCUGCUAUUACACAAACGGACGCUCAACGUCUCCCGAGUUCCCUACAAUCACAAAAAACCGUUCCUGCUGCCCGCCCUCAACAGGCAAUUCCUUGCACAAUCCAACGCGUUUAAGAACAGGCCACGAUCAGCGGCAAUUACAGAACACUGCCAAGUUCGAAGGAACGACAGGCGGAUGGCUUCGAAUGUGGCAGAGAGCUUUGCGAGCUUUGCUGCAAUCGCAGCGGACAUACUACCCAGCAGCACUUCUGCUGGCACAGCCGCGCAAGACGAAGCCGCAGGAGACGGCGGAGCUGGGGAGGCCUCUACUUCGAGGCAGGGGCGGAGAGCGAAGACCCGUACCUGUGCUAACUGCUCGAAAGAGCAGAAGCAACGUGCUCCGGGAGAGCCCGCUUUCCAGAAAUGCUCGCGGUGCAAUUCUGCCCACUAUUGUGGACGGGAGUGUCAGAAGAUCCACUGGAAGGACCACAAGCUCGUGUGCUUGCCUCCUUAGCGUGCUAGCAAGUGCGUGACUCCUCAGCGUACUAGCAAAGAGUCGCUUGAAAUAUUAGACCUCGAAAUACUUUGAGCGAGAGGAUUGAUUGUACUGUUCAAAAUAUAUAGACGACAAUGCUAGGAUUAUAGUACGUAGCAAGAGGUUGCAACCCACUGCCCAAAGCGGACUGUGUGGGCACCGUAGAAACACCGUAGAAACAGAGAGGAUAUGCUUGUACAGUGCACAUAUGUUGAUGGAUUAGUUUUGCUAAUUAAGUUGGUAGUGAUUAAAAAGUCUUCUGAGAAGGCCUAGAUACAGCAGUGUGGCUCUCAAUGAAACUUUUUUCGACCAUCAGAAAGGCCCAGUCUCGAGCUAGCAGUUAUCCCUUGCCGGUGGUUGACUCCCAUGAUGCCAAGCCCGGGUACGUAAGAAUGCCCACAGAUGACAAACCGAUCAUUUGGAUCCUCCGGCCA